CCAAAAAAAAUGUGAAAAACUGUUGUGGCAAAUUUUCUAUAAAAAAUGCCAUGUAGCAAAAAAAAGAGGGCCUGGGAUUCUAACCGAGGUUUAUCAUGUGCAAAACUUGCGGUGCGUGCAAUUGAUUUUUUAAAAGUAAAGCGCGGACAAAUUCAAGAUUUUUUAAAAGUAAAGCGCGGACAAAUUCAGAAUCUGACGUAGCAACAACCCUGCUCUGAGAGCCGUGCGACAGAUCAAACGGUAGGAAGGGGGUCGCCCGCAUCAUCCUCCUCGCUGACGGUCGCUAUGAUUUUCGCAACGCAGAGUAUUCAUGCGCUACAAAUGAAAGGUAGUGUGGAUGUCCACCUUAUCAGUACGAAUGUUUUCAGCAGUAAACGUAAAGAUCCCCCCAAUCAUUUGGCGCCAAAGACAGGAUGGAAAAGAACGACGACUGGCCAGGUGGCCUGUGGAAGUCACACCACACAAACCCGGGAACUCGCUCUCUGCUAGCGUGUGCCGUCCGGCAUUUCCAAUCCAGCAGCAUCUCAGCCAGGGACAUGGCGAGACCGGCGUACGCGCACCUCCUGCGCGCCACCACCACGCUCCUCCUCCUGCUGGCGGCCACCGCGCCGGCACCCUCGCAGGACGAUGCCCUUCUGGCAUGGAAGGCCAGCCUCGGCCACCCAGACGUGCUGUCCAGCUGGGCUCAGGCCAGGCCGGUCUGCUCCUCCUGGAUCGGUGUGGCCUGCGACGCCGCCGGCCGCGUCACGGCGCUCACCCUCAGGUCGCUCGGACUCACCGGCACGCUCGAUGCCCUCGACGCCGCGGCGCUUCCAGCCCUGACCGUGCUCGACCUCAGUAACAACAUGCUCACAGGCUUUAUCCCUGCAGAGCUGGGCGAGCUGGUGAGCCUGGAACAACUGGAUUUAUCCAUGAACAUUCUCACAGGGCCGAUCCCCAACUCGUUCGGCAACCUCACGCUUCCAGCCCUGACCGUGCUCGACCUCAGUUACAACAACCUCAUAGGCUCUAUCCCUGCAGAACUGGGCGAGUUGCGCUCCCUCAACUUGCUCGACCUCAGUUACAACAGGCUCACAGGCUCCAUCCCAGCAAGCCUAUCACGGCUACACUCGCUCAACUUGCUCAACCUCUGCAGCAACAUCUUACAAGGCUCCAUCCCCCCACAGCUCGGUAGCCUCUCUGGCCUCAUCGACCUCCGCCUCUACUACAAUAACCUCACCGGCCACAUCCCGCACCAGCUCAGCAAGGCAACCAGGCUGAAAAUCAUGCAUCUCUUCAGCAACAACCUUAUCGGCUCUAUCCCUGCAGAGCUGGGUGAGCUGGUGAGCCUGGAACAACUGGAUUUGCCAGUGAACUCUCUCACAGGACCGAUCCCCAGCUGGUUCGGCAACCUCAAGCAACUCACAAGGCUGUCGCUCUCCUUCAACCGGUUCACCGGCAUGAUCCCGCCAGAGAUUGGCAGCAUGACGGCGUUGCAAGUCUUGGACCUCAACACCAACAGUUUGGAAGGCAAACUGCCCCCCACCAUCACAUCACUCAGGACUCUACAACACCUACACCUGUCAGAUAACAACUUCACCGGCACCAUACCACCGGACCUUGGGAAGGGGAUAAACUUAACCAAUGUAGCCUUCGGGAACAACAACUUCUCUGGUGAGCUGCCGCUGAGACUGUGUGAUGGCUUUGCGCUGCAGAUCUUCACAGCGCACAACAACAACUUCAGUGGCAGGCUGCCAUCGUGCCUCAAGAAUUGCAUGGGGUUGUUCCGGGUGCGGCUAGAAGGCAAUCAAUUCACCAGUGACAUCUCCAAGGUGUUUGGUAUCCAUCCCAACUUGGACUACUUGGAUGUCUCGAGGAACCAGUUGACAGGGAAGUUGUUGUCUGACUGGUCACACUGCACCAAUCUUACACGCUUGCACAUGAAUGAUAAUCGAAUAUCUGGCAAUAUUCAUGCAACAUUCUGCGGAUUGGCCUCUCUCCACGACCUGGAUCUAUCAAAUAACCAAUUCAACGGACAGCUCCCAAGUUGCUGGUGGGAAUUCAAACUUAUGACUGCUAUGGAUUUGUCCAACAAUAGCUUUUCGGGUGAACUUCCCAUAUCAACGAGCUUGGGCCUUAAACUCCAGUCACUUCGUCUUGCUAACAAUAACUUUCUUGGAGUUUUUCCAUCCGUAAUUGAAACCUGCAGAGAUCUCGUCAUCCUAGAUCUUGGGAACAACAAGUUCUUCGGUGAUAUCCCCUCUUGGGUUGGAACAAGUGUUCCCCUUCUAACAGUUCUGAGCCUCCCAUCCAACUAUUUCAGUGGUGUUGUUCCACCCGAGUUAUCCCAACUUACUAAUCUGCAAGUCCUGGACAUGUCCAGCAACUCCUUCUCAGGUGAGAUCCUCACGGCCAUGGCAGACCAUAACUGCUCUCUCGACUCGUUCCAUCUUGCCGGCAAUGGCUUCACGGGCGCCUUCCCGCCGUUGCUGCAAGACUGCAAGUUGCUGGCCACCGUGGACAUUGGGAACAACCAGUUCUUUGGUGGUAUCCCUGCAUGGAUCGGGAGUCAGCUUCCAUCACUGAAAAUCCUUAGGCUUGGAUCAAACAAUUUCACUGGACAAAUCCCCCUAGAGUUAUCAAGGCUUUCGCAACUUCAGCUGCUCAAUAUGGCCAACAAUAGCUUGACAGGAUCAAUUCCUGUAGCCUUCAGCAACUUGACCUCCAUGAGGCAUAAUCUUCCCCCAUUGGACGGACCGAGGGAUUCCGCUCCUUUGCAGAUUAUGCCCAAUGGACGACCAAAGGUGGAUCAGUUCCCAGAGAGAGUCAACAUAUCCUGGAAGGGCCGUGAACAAACUUUUCAGAAAAGCAUCGGGUUAAUUACAGGUAUCGACCUAUCAUGCAAUCGACUAACGGAGAACAUCCCGGAGGAGCUAACAUACCUCGAAGCUCUCCGGUUUCUGAACUUAUCAAGAAAUGAUCUAUCAGGUAGUAUUCCAGCGAGAAUCGGCAGACUGGAGCUCCUGGAGUUCCUUGACCUCUCAUGCAAUGAACUUUCAGGUGGCAUUCCUCCCAGCAUCUCAAAUCUGCCAGCCCUCGGUGUGUUAAAUCUCUCAAACAAUCACCUACAGGGCCGCAUACCCACCGGGAAUCAGUUGCAGACACUUGCAGAUCCAUCAAUAUAUGGCAACAAUCUGGGGCUCUGCGGCUUCCCCUUGAGCCCGUGUGAGCCUACAUUGGGCAAGGGAACUGAAGAUCACACAGAACUCAUAGACCUGGGGCUGUGUUACUCUGUAAUUCUUGGCGUUGUUUCUGGCUUCUGGCUUUGGUUUGGAGCUCUGUUCUUCCUGGAGCAGUGGAGAUUUUGUUUUCUCCGUUCUGUUGAUGGCUUAGGGAUCAAGAUAGGUGUCACCAGCUAAGGCUUUAUAUCAUCACAUGUAAAUCAGCAGCAAUGACAUUAGAGUCAAUUAUGUACUGUAUGCUCCUUUUAUUUUUUUACAGUUGUAACACUAAACUAAACUAUGUUAGCAGUAAAAUAACUGCUGAACUAUAGAAAUAAGAUAUAACUGGGUAAUACAGAUGCAGCUUUGUUACCUACCA